GCGGAUGGACUUGUCAGUGUAGUUAUGGAACCCCCUUUAAGCAAGAGGAAUCCGGCGAUAAGAUUAGCGGAUUUGGCAGCGACUCAACCCCUUCCUCAUCAGAAUAUGACAGGCUUCCCGGGGCUAGGGGGGCAUCACCCUCUCUCCCACCAUGCCCACCUCCACCCUGGGGAGCUGGGCAACGACCCCGGAGUGGCACUCACUCCAUUUGGACCAGAGCACAUGGCACAGACAAAUGCUCUCAAACUUAGCCCAUCUCAGCACAUUCAGAGCCAUCACGAAGCCCAGACCGCGGCAUCUUUCACUUCUGCUCAGACCACAGUUGGUUUCCCCGUGGCUCACCCCCACUCAGGCUACUCAAGCAGCAGGGACUUCAUCCUCAGGAGAGAACUCUCAGCCUCUGCUAUGCAUGCACUUGGCGACCAGCAUAGUUCCGCCUCCUCCCCUCAUCACCAUGGCAUGUUCAUCUCCCCAACAGGUGCUUAUGGGCACACGGAAAGUGGGGCCCAUUCACUUUUCACUGGACUUCACGACCAAGGGUCCCCAGGUGCCCAUCACCAUGCCCUCAAUGGACAGAUGCGCCUGGGUAUACCGGGGGACAUCUACGGCAGGCCAGAGCACUUCGGGCACAGGCCAGAGCACUAUGGACCCUCCUCUCUCCACAGCUACAACUCCAUGAACCUCAAUGUGAACAUCGCUUCUGCUCCUCACGGAGCGGCUGGGGCGUUUUUAAGAUACAUGCGGCAGCCCAUAAAGCAAGAGCUAAUCUGCAAAUGGAUUGACCAGGAGCAAAGUCAAAAAAAGCCCUGCUCUAAAACUUACAGCACAAUGCACGAACUGGUCAAUCACGUCACGGUGGAGCAUGUCGGGGGACCGGAGCAGAGCUCCCACGUCUGUUUUUGGGAGGAAUGUCCACGGGAAGGAAAAGCUUUCAAAGCGAAGUACAAACUGAUAAAUCACAUCCGAGUUCAUACGGGAGAAAAGCCCUUCCCGUGCCCUUUCCCGGGAUGUGGUAAAGUGUUCGCUCGAUCGGAGAAUUUGAAGAUUCACAAGAGGACUCACACAGGAGAGAAACCCUUCAAGUGCGAGUUCGACGGCUGUGACAGAAAAUUCGCCAACAGCAGUGACCGGAAGAAGCACUCUCACGUCCAUACCAGUGACAAGCCUUACUACUGCAAGGUCCGCGGCUGUGACAAAUCCUACACGCACCCGAGUUCACUGCGGAAGCACAUGAAAGUGCACUGCAAGUCCCCGCCGCCCCCUUCCACCAACGUCACCUACAUAUCCUCCACAAACCCUCUCGGAGAUUCUCUUUCGCCCAACUCCGAGGCGCACAGGAACCGCUCGGCGAACCUCUCCCCUCAGGUCACCAAUCUCAACGAGUGGUACGUGUGCCAGGGGAGCGGAGGGCCCAACCACCUCCACACCCCCUCCAGCGAUGUGCCAACGUCAGAUUCAGACGACGAGGACUCUUUCAGAAAUUCAGACCCAAGGACAAUGCUCUGA